AUGACUUCGAUAAGUAGCAAAGAAAAGGAAAGGUCGAUCAAGUUCCAAUUGCCAUCUCACUUUAUAGACUAUCUAAGAACAGUCCACGAAUACCAUAAAAGAACUCCAAAAGCACCAACAACAACAAUCAUGUCGGGAUCAGAGCCUACUUUGGUAUGGGGGAGUUGUCCUCAGACUUUUCGAGGAGCAGUUGCCUUUUGGACGCUCGGGAUGCAGUUCCACCCGGGCGGAGCGCUAGGAGCUUGCCGAGUACUAUGGUCCUGUGCUGCGCGUGUAUCACCGGCCAGUCCGCUUCCGUUCGUUCAUCUGGGCUGUGAGUGUGUCGCCGGCUCAGAUACGAUCUUGAACACUCUGUUGAGAUGCUGGGCUUUGGGUCAGACAUUGAAUCGUCGAAGACACCAACCUCGCUCCGAAGUUCGUCGGGCCGGCGCGGCGGAGAUUCCCUCUCCCUCUCCGACCCUCACCAACGACCAUCACCACAUACAUUUGACGAACCAAGGUGAUCGUCGUUCCGGGAAGGAGGAGAGGGAUCUCCUUUUAUUUGAACACCAACUGCGGGAGGGGGAGACGGAGCGGGCUGCCAGGCUCCAACUGGAGCAAAUGGAGUUUAAUCAUUAUCUCCGUAUAACGGAGAUGGAGACUCGUGCGCGCCUCAGGGAGCGAGAGAUGGGCCUUCGGGAACGUCAGUGGCGCCUUCGGGCACAGAAGAUUAUUUUCUUCUCUUCCUUGGCGCUCUUCGGAGCUUACGUUUUGCUUCUGUUUCUCCGCCUUUGGGCAAACAACUAUGUUUCGGGAGGAGAGGGAGGAGAGGGGGGAGAGGGUAUUGUGUGGGUAGAUGAGGUGGUGGAGGUGGUGGCGGGGUGGGUGGAGGGAGAGGUGAAUGGAUGGUACGGGGAAUGGGUGGAUUUGGAUGUAUAG